AUGGAAGAGGCCCCUCUGCUCGGCGGGAUGUCCGGCCCGGACGACGACCUGGUGACGGAGCUCUUCAGCCCGGAGAGUCCGUUUCUCUCUGAAAACGUGGCCCCGAAGGCCCCCGCGGGGGCGCAGUACGACGACGCCGAGUUCCCCGGCUUCCGGGACGCCUACCUGGGCGCCGCCGAGCCCGCGGAGCCCCUGCUGCGCGCGUUCAGCCCCGGGCUGGGCGCCGACGGCAAGAGCGAGGCCAAGGCGGAGCUCCUGGCGGACGGGGACGACCAGGGCCACCCGGCGCUCCCCGAGCCCGCGGGCCCGCAGCCGCCCGCCUUCUGCCUGCACUUGCUGUCCUCGCUGCUGACCCCCUACCGCGGCCCCAACGUCGUGCCCCUGGGCGCCUGGGCCAGGGACGGGGCCGCCCAGGCCGGAGUCCAGGUGAUUCCAGUUGAAAUAAAGGAAGCAGGUGGUACUGUCACAAGUAACAAUCCAGAGGAAGCAACUAUUCAGAACCGUCUUGCUCAGGAAUCCUGCUGCAAGUUCCCAUCUUCCCAAGAGCCAGAGGACACCACUGCCUGUUCUAAGAAAGACUCAAGCCCAAUGGUGAUAUGUCAGUUGAAAGGGGGUACACAAAUGCUGUGUAUAGACAAUUCUGGCACGAGAGAACUAAAAGCACUUCAUUUGGUUCCUCAGUAUCAAGACCAAAAUAAUUAUCUACAGUCAGAUGUCCCUAAACCAAUGACUACUUUAGUAGGAAGAUUUUUGCCAGUACCAGCAAAAUUAAAUCUCAUUACACAACUUGAUAAUGGAGCCUUACUAUCAGCAGUCAAUGGGUCUGCUUUCUCCUUGGGAUCAACUACGCCAGGACCACCAAAAAUAACAUUGGCUGGGUACUGCGACUGCUUUGCCAGCGGGGACUUCUGCAACAACUGCAACUGUAAUAACUGUUGCAACAAUCUACGUCAUGAGAUCGAACGGUUGAGAGCCAUUAAGGCAUGUCUUGAUAGAAAUCCAGAAGCUUUCCAGCCAAAAAUAGGGAAAGGAAAAUUGGGAGACGUUAAGCCUCGACACAGCAAAGGGUGUAACUGUAAGAGAUCAAGCUGCCUUAAGAACUACUGCGAAUGCUUUGAGGCCAAAAUUAUGUGUUCUUCUAUUUGCAAAUGCAUUGGUUGCAAAAAUUAUGAAGAAAGCCCAGAACGAAAAACACUAAUGAGCAUGCCAAACUAUAUGGAAAUUGGAGAUUUUGAAGGCAGCCAUCGAUUGUCACCAACUAAAUUUUCAGGACUAUCAAGAUUCAGAAGAGAUAGGCGACCUACCUCAUGCAUCUCCUGGGAGGUGGUGGAGGCCACGUGUGCCUGCCUGCUGGCCCAAGGUGAAGAGGCCGAGAGGGAGAGCUGCUCUAAGGGCCUGGCCGAGCAGAUGAUCCUGGAGGAAUUCGGAAGAUGCCUGUCGCAGAUUCUCCACAUUGAGUUUAAAUCCAAGGGGUUGAAAAUGGAGUAGAGUGCAGUACAGUAAGAUAUAAGUGCAAGCUGAUUUUGUCUCAGUAUUCUACAGGAAAGUUCUAGUUUAGAAAGGUUGUUUCCAGGAACCCGAGGCCAGAUCUGCAGCACCAACUAGAUGGUUAAGACUGAGCUUUUCCUCUGCCCCAGGGCACCCGUGAGUUCGUGCAGGCUCUCCAAAGGAGGUGGCCUCAGAAUUCCCUUUUCUGCAGAAGUGUGUGGCACAAGCGCUGUUUGUCUGGGACUCUGCAGUCCUGGAGGGCCCCCAGCACUGGCGCGAGCAACAGGUGGAAGCAGGCCCUGGGACAGUUCUUUCCUGCCAGUUUCAUCCCCUCGCAAGUCUUGCUCUAGAGGCCACCCUGCCUACAAACCCCAAUGGUUUUUUGUUUGUUUUUUAAAUGAUUUAGAUGAAUUCUCCACGUGGGCUGUUACAGUCCACCUUAAAAUCUCUAGAGAACUACUGAAUACUCCGAAGAAUCUCCAUAGUGUAGACAUUUCUCCAGAGUUUCAGGAAUUCUCAG